CGCGCGCGCGCACGCGGCACCACUGCCGAGCGACCGCGGGAAAAUUCCAAAAAAGUCAAAACAAAACAAAAAACCAGUAAGAGGCAAAGCCAAACUUUCAAGCCACAGAACCCGGGCGGUGGCGUCCUUUCCACCACUGCCCAAACUGCUGAAACAGCUCCGGCGUGGACCACCCGAUUGGAUGUGUGCUCACUGUUUCCUUCCGUGCUUGGCAGGCCACUGUGAAGGUACAUCACCUUUCCCCUUUUUCUGAAAUGGCUCAAGAUGCAGUAGAUCUACCUUCUGAUUAUCAGUUUUGGAUGAGAAAGCUUUCUCUAUGGGGCCAGGCCUCUACUUUGGAAACUCAGCAAGACACCUGCCGUCACCUGCCUCAGUUUCAGGAUUUCCUGAGGCAGAUGUACGAAGCUCUGAAAGAGAUGGAUUCAUGCACAGUCAUUGAAAGAUUCCCCACAAUUGGUCAACUGUUGGCAAAAACUUGCUGGAACCCUUUUAUCUUAGCAUACGAUGAAAGCCAGAAAAUUUUAAUAUGGUGCUUAUGUUGUCUGAUUAACAAAGAACCACAGAAUUCUGGGGAAUCGAAACUUAACUCCUGGACACGGGGGUUGUUAUCUCAUAUACUUUCAUCAUUCAGAUUUGAUAUGAAAGAAGUUGGUCUUUUUACUCAAUGUCUUGGGUAUGCACCUGCAGAUUACUAUCCUGGUUUGCUUAAAAAUAUGGUUUUAUCAUUAGUGUCUGAACUCAGAGAGAAUCAUCUUAAUGGAUUUAACACUCAAAGGCGAAUGGCUCCUGAACGCAUAAGGUCCCUAUCACAAGUUUGUAUCCCACUAGUCACUCUGCCAGAUUUCAAACCCCUGGUGGAAGCUCUACUCACCUGCCAUGGAUGUGAACUUCAGGAAAUGCUCUGGCCGGAGUUCUUUGAGGCUGUGAAUGAGGCCUUUUUGCUGAAGAAGAUUUCUCUCUCCAAGUCGGCUGUUAUCUGCCUCUGGCUUCGACAUCUUCCCAGCCUUGAAAAAGCAAUGCUGCAUCUUUUUGAAAAGCUAAUAUCCAGUGAAAGAAAUUUUAUGAGAAGCAUCGAAUGCUUUAUGAAAGAUUCAUUGCUGCCUGAAGCAGCUUGCCACCCUGCCAUAUUCAGAAUGGUUGAUGAAAUGUUCAGGUCUGCACUCCUGGAAACCGAUGGAGCCCCAGAAGUAUUAGCCACUAUUCAAGUGUUUACAUGGUGCUUCGCAGACGCCCUGGAGAAACAAAACACACAGCUGAAGUUCACACUCAAGACCUACUUUCCUUAUGCUUCUCCCUCUCUCGUCAUGGUGCUACUGCAACAUCCGAAAGACAUCCCCCAGGGGCUGUGGCACCAGCCACUCACACAUAUUUCUGAGAUGCUCAGAGAACAAGUUGAAGACCAGACACACGGGUCCUCCAGAGGCCCCUUUGAGAGCUGGUUUGUGUUCGUUCACUUUGGAGGAUGGGCUGAUAUCGCUGCUGAGCAGUUACUGAUGUCAGAGGCUGAACCCCCGGAGGCCUUGCUGUGGCUCUUGGCUUUCAGCUACAGCCCACGUGAUGGGAGUCAGGAGAGAGCACAGACCAUGGCAGAGGGGAAGGCCGUGCUCAGCCGCCUCCUGAAGCUGCCCCGAAGUCCGACGCUCUCGGCCAGAGAUGUGCAUGCAGCAGCUGGAGAGCAAGGUGGGGACCCCAGACUGGCUUCGUGUUCAUGGCUGAUCAGACACCUGACCUUGAACUUCCUGCUCUGGGCUCCUGGAGGCCACGCGAUUGCCCGGGAAGUCAUCGCCCUCAUGGCUCAGACUGAUGAGAUAACCCAUGAGAUUAUCUGCUUCCUUGACCAGACCUUGUACAGAUGGGAUCGUCUCUGCGUGGAAGCCCCAACGUCGAGAAAACUGGCCAGAGAGCUCCUCACAGAGCUACACAUGCGCGUCUAGCCCAGGCCCGUGGGACGUGUGGCUGCCACGUGGGGCCCAGACUCGCUGGGGCAUGUGAUGAAACGCUGGGACCACAUCUCUGUGUGCCGAGCUCCCUCUGUGAGUUGUAACAGUGAGCCAUAAAUAUUUUGGCAAGAUCUGCCAAUACAGAUUUUACACAAUGAGAAGACAGGUUCUUGAGCCCAAACUCAGCUUUAUUCACGAAUGACGGGAUUACGCCUUUAGCAUUCUCUACCUGCUCAACCCAGUGUGAUUAGAGAAUCACACUAAAGGGAAGGCUUGGAUGGGAGAGCAGAUUUAUUUCCUUUUUCCCCCCAUAUCACACCAAGAUGCACAACUAUUACAUGAAUGUUUCAAAGUCUUUUGACCAAGAAAUUGGUCCUGAACCACUGAUCAGUGUAGAAAGCAACUUAGCCCUUUUUCACAGACCUCAUUUUUAGAAGUGUUGUAAUUGAUAUUGGUCUUUUAAUCUACAGAGCUUUGAGAUAAAGCCACACUCUCCUGGGUCCCUAAGAAAUUCUUCAGCAAGGAGAGUUUCCUCGGGGCAUCCCGUGAGCAGGCCAGGGAGCAGGAGAGCCCCCUCAAGCCCAGACGCAAGUGGUGGUGACAGGGACCACGGGUCCCUGGUGGGCACAUGUGCCAGCCCCGCUGUGGAGACAGCACUGCUUAGCAAUGAAGUAAAGCUGGUCGGUGCUAACUCUCCUACCUUUAUAUUUGCUAAACACUGACUGCUACAUAGAGCUUGUAUCGCCUCAGAGGUGGCCGACGGGAGAUAUAGGACAUGAUCUAGAAACACUGGCACAGAUUACAUAUCAGUUGUCUUGUUAAGUGAAAUGGGAAUUGGAAACUUUUAAUAAAGAAUUGGUGACUCCAGGGUUAA